GGGAGAGCGACUAGGGCCAAGAGGAUCGCCCGCCCGCCCUCUACAAAUCUCGCAAGUGACAGCACAUGGUGAACCCCUUGUCGGGACUAGGGAUCCCUCUGUUUGGUCAUGCAGGGCCGUAUUGGGUCUGGCACAAGCUAUGGAUGUGCAAAGAUGUGGGCAGUCUUUGCUCGGGACUGUACUCUGAUGAACUCGUCUACGCACAGUAGUGCGAGUACAACAGGAGAGCCUGGGGGCUGGCUACCUUGGGGGUGUGGGUGUGGCCACCUGCAGGUCACACAUAUUGGAUCUGCGAGCUUGGUGGUGUAUGGACUUAUCCAACGCCCUCUCCCUCCUGACGGACACCUGCCACAUGUUGUCAGGAUUACGGACCAGGGAGGGCACUCAAAUAGGUACUUUCCAGUUUUCCCCUCGCACAGCUUCACAAGUACCUUGGCCACAUUUCACCACACACCACUGAAGGCGUACCUGGCAAACCCUUUUUUAUUUAUUUAUUUUUAUUUUUUUGAUUAUUAUUAUCACUUUAUUCCUUUUGUCUCUCCUUCCCCACCGUCUCGCGUCGGAAUACCUCCGUACUGUCCUCCUGCUUCAGGCGUGUGCUCCCACCUUUUUCUCUCAACCCGGCUGCACUUCAAUCUGGCAUUCAUACGGACGACCUCGUUACUCAUGCCGUUUGUUUGUUCCUGGGCUCCCACCGACCAUACAGCCGAAGCCUGAAGGAGGGUAGAAAGCUCCCCUUUGGCUAGACCAGGGGUCUCUUUUGGGUCGUCGACUUCCUGCUUCCCGGCUCGUUCUUGUUUCCACAACUGCGGAUGCUAGUCUCGCUGCCCCUCGACCUCAAGUCCGCUGGUCUCGCGGUUCACCCCCUCCCUUCGCUUGCGGGACACUCCUUCGUGCUCGUACUCCCCAGCUAGCUGCCACAUAUUUACCACGGCAAAUCGAGAUACACUAAGAAGCCCUAAGUCGGAACAUUACGAAAGUACUGGACCCGUCGACAAGCUCAACUCGCCCUCGCCUCGCAGGCCUAUC